UUCUUUUGCCAAAUCUCCUGUUAUCCGGGUUUUCCCCACGAGCAUUUCUGCUCUACAGCACUCUACUUGAGCCCGUCCAUACACCUGCGAUUUCCUUGACGAUCCUACUUCCAUUCUCACGUCACCUUCUUGGGAAUCGCAAUCGAUAUCGACAUGGCAAGCUGGUUGGAGGACUGAUUCAUAUCGACAUCGUCUUCGAGAGCAAGAUAAAAGUUUUUUGCUGUCGGUGCAAAAGUUAUGUCUGCGAUGACAGGCCCAAGAUCGCCAACAUCACCGUGGCCCCAGGAACCCCAAAGCCUUGCGCUCCCCGGUCCUUCCAGUCCUGCGGCCCUCUUUCCGUUGUCCGACUCUCGUCCAUCCUUUAAUAGAUUCAGCCCGCGCGGGACCAUUCCCCGGGGAACGGCAGCGGAACUGCCAGACAAUUAUUUCUCCUUCAAUACAGAAAGUUCGAAUAAUUUCAAAGGCAAAGGACAUUUUUCACAUGCCCUUCCGAAUCAUAGUCCGGAAGGGAGGUAUAUCUCCGAGAAAGACCUAACCGACCAACAACCUCCCUCCAUAGGUACAGGAUCAGGAAAAACUGCUUGCAUCCCCGAUCCAGCGGUCUACAGACUCUCCUUAAACCGCCAGGCGGGGGAUUCGACUUCCAGCGGAACAACGAAGUUUGUCUCUCCACCAGUCCUGGGAUCAAGCGUGAGAGGAAAUAUCAAAGGUGCUCUGAACCUAUGCAUCCCCACAACCCUCCUCAAGCGCCCCUCGUUCGAUACUAAGAAAUUAGCGAACACCUUCGCCAACGAAGCUGAUCGGAAGAACUUUGGCCGUUGGAGGCAGUGCCGUUACAUUAUCGUUUACGAUGCCGCAACUUCUAACAUGAAAGAUGCUGCCCCUCUCGUCAAUGUGGUGAAGAAGUUUACAGCUGAAGGAUGGAAUGGUGACGGCAUGAUCUUGAUGGGAGGCUUCAAGGCUUUCUCUGCUAGGUUUCCUGAACUCACGCAACAGCCACAACAGCAGCAUCAACCGGCGCUUGAUGCACGGUCAAAGAAAACCUCCUCAAUGCAUAUCGAUCUUCCACAAUCCGCACCUGUUGCUGGUGGUUGCAAUAUACCCGAAUCGUCCAAUGCUGCGAUUCCCUUUUUUGGGAACAUACGUCAGCACAUGGAUCUUCUUGGUGGCGUCGGACAAAUCCCGCUGAAACAUUCAGAACAUCUACCUGCCCCGCAAAGGCAAUCUCUCCCGCCCUGGUUGCGUGAGGUAUCCGACCCUGCAGAUCAGGGUCGGCUGGCCGCUUCAAGAUUUUUCGACAUUGAGAAGACGGAACUAGAACGGAUGAAACAAGCUUUUUCAUACGAUCAGGACAAUAAUGCAGGUUCAGAUAGGCCUUCGUCUCCGAGAUAUCGUGUCGCUGGGAUUGAAAAGGGCGCCAAGAACCGAUAUAACGACAUCUAUCCUUACGAUCAUUCAAGAGUGAAACUCCAUGAUAUACCCAAUGGCGGCUGUGACUACGUGAACGCAAGUUAUUUAAAAGCCGAGUAUAGCAACCAGCAUUACAUAGCGACCCAAGCCCCUAUGCCUGAUACUUUUAAUGAUUUCUGGCGCGUUAUCUGGGAGCAAGACAUUCGUCUUGUAGUGUCCCUGACUGCCGAGGUUGAAAGAGGACAGGUCAAAUGCCAUCCUUACUGGAAAACUGGAACAUAUGGGCAAUUCCAUGUGAACAAUUUCUCAAAGAAAUACGUUCCUAUGGUGCCAACAGAUUCACAAACAGUCGACUCUGUAGUCGAGAGGUCGUCGACAGACUCAAGUGAUAACCCCACGCUUAUUGUCAGGCACUUUGGUUUGUCGCACUCGGGUUUUCCGUUCGAGCCUCUGCGCGAAGUUACACAAAUCCAGUACGCAGAUUGGCCCGACUUUGGUACCACCUCUCAGCCAAGGCAUCUUCUGAGUCUAAUCGAACAAUGUGAUAAAGUCCGAAACGUGGCAGCUAAAGCUGCGCCGGGUAAUCCAAACAGACCGGUUUUGGUGCACUGUAGCGCAGGAUGUGGUCGCACUGGGACUUUUUGUACCGUGGAUAGUGUUUUGGAUGUGCUUAAACGUCAACGUGCCCAGCCAGGUGGGCAGCAUGACGGACGGCCAUUCGACCAGUUGCUCGGCGGGGGACAGUUGGAUCUUGUUGCGAAAACACUGUCCGACUUUCGCACGCAAAGACCGAGCGUGGUUCAGAACUUAAGUCAGUUUGUACUUUGCUACGAAAGCAUCCUAGAGUGGGCGGUAGCCCAGAUGCCGAGGGAGAGCCCGGGAUAACAUUAUAAAUCGUUGUCUCCUCUCGUUAGUUAUUUUGAUGAUUACAUCCAUGAGCGCAUUUUAAGAGGUGUUUGGUGUUCUUUCGAGGCGGAUCUUGAUAUUACCAGGUGUUGAGGCCCGGCAGAGCUUAUAGAGAAUACGGUAAUCAAAUAUGUAAGGAACCA